AUGGUGGAACCGGUGGGCCUCACUGGAGGAAUUCUGAUCCUAUGGAACUCGGGAGUAAUAUCCUUCACAACCAUUAGGAAGGAACUCCGCGCUAUUCACGGCAUUAUCCAGGUAUCUUCCAACAAUAUUAAAUUUGCAAUUACUGCCAUAUAUGCUAGCACUCUUCAUAACAGUAGGUUAGAAUUGUGGAAAAUUAUUGAAAACAUCUCAAAUUCUAUUGAUCUUCCAUGGCUUUGCAUUGGUGACUUCAAUGAAAUAACUUCACAUUCUGAAAAAUGGGGUGGCCGAAAUCCGAAACAAAAUCGAAUGUUGGCUUACAGUGAGGCUAUGGAUAACUGCAACCUAAUCGACCUGGGGUUUAAAGGGCCGAGAUUCACAUGGUUUAACAAGAGAAAAAGAAAUCCGAUCUUUGAACGUCUUGACCGUGCCUGGGUUAACAGUCUUUGGCUUAACACCUUCCCGGAAUCCACCAUUCACCACCUUCAAAGACUCAGCUCUGACCAUAACCCCAUCUUACUCAACACUAAAACCGAAAUACAUAUGCCAAGAAACUACAAAAAGCCUUUCAAAUUCGAAACGAUGUGGCUUAGCGAGCCCGGUUUCGACGACCUCAUAAAACACAAUUGGCCGAUUGACCAGUCUGAGUUCCACGUUAAGCUUAAAAAUAUUUCGUUUUUAAUGAACAGCUGGGCUAAACAAAAUCAUGGCAAUGUUUUCAAAAGAAAGAAGAACUUGAUAGCUAGAAUCCAAGGAAUCCAAAGAGCGAUUGACCAUGACCCAAGGAAAGCUUACCUAAUCGACUUAGAAAAUAAGCUUAAAGAAGAUCUAGAUGAAGAUACCAAAUUCCAACCUAUCAUGAUAGAUCCUUCAAAUGCGCCCACAUUCCCACCACCUCUGAGAUUAAAGAUGCCCUUUUCAGCAUAUGGGGGCACAAAAGCCCCAGGUAGAGAUGGCAUCCAUGCGAUCUUCCUCCAGACUUUCUGGGACACAAUUGGUAAUGACUGCACCAAAAUGAUAGUCUCAGUUUUCAGGACUGGAAAAAUCCCUAAUGACCUUAAUAGAACCGUUGUAGCGCUCAUUCCAAAAUCCGAAAACCCGGAAAAAAUCUCGCAAUUCAGACCUAUUAGUCUAGUAAACACAAGUCUAAAGGUUAUAUCAAAAAUCUUGGUUAAGAGAAUGCGUCCGAUCCUCUCAAAAGAAAUUUCCCCAAACCAAAAUAGCUUCAUUUCAGGAAGGGGCACGGACGUUAACCUUAUCAUUGCUUCCGAAAUCCUUCACUCUAUGGGAAAGAAAAAAGGAAAAAAGGGCACGUUCGCUAUGAAAAUUGACCUAGAAAAAGCCUAUGACAGACUAGAAUGGGAUUUUAUUCGCACAAGUCUUCUUGCAAUAGGGUUUGAUGAAAAAACAACCAACCUGUGUAUGGAGUGCAUAACUACAACCACCACUUCCAUCCUAAUUAAUGGCAGACCCUCAAGAGAAUUCACACCCUCUAGGGGCAUUCGACAGGGGGACCCCCUCUCGCCUUACAUCUUCAUCAUCUGCAUGGAAAUGCUGUCAAAACUAAUUCACAAAAGUUGUGAAGAUAAUAAGUGGAAACCAUUUGUGAUAAGAGGAGGGACUUCAAAAAUCUCCCAUCUCAUGUUUGCUGAUGACCUAAUCCUAUUUGGAGAAGCUACUCCUCAAACACUAUCAGCCGUGAAUGACACGCUGAGGGAUUUCUUUUCUAUUUCGGGCCAGAAGAUGAACACUUCAAAAAGCAAAAUCUACUUCUCUCCAAACACCUCUCAAGAUAUUAGAGAUGAAUUUGAACAAGACCUAGAUGUCCUAUCAGCCAAAGAUCUAGGAAACUACUUAGGUUUUCCCCUUUCAAAUAAAAGGCCCUCAAAGAAUCACCUUCUCCCCAUUGUGGAAAAAAUCUCCAAGAAGCUGGCCCUCUGGAAAUCUAACUGCUUAUCAAAAGCAGGAAGAGCCCUUCUCAUCUCCACCACCUUCCAAUCAAUCCCUCGCUACUUCAUGCAGGGUAUUCUCUUUCCGAAAACCUUAACCACAAAAAUGGACAGCAAUUCUGCAAACUUUCUUUGGGGAAACCGAGGGAAUAAAAAAGGGAUAAACUGGAUAGCUUGGGAACAUGUGUGCAAACCAAAAGAACUAGGAGGCCUAGGGUUUAGAACAAACGAGGAUUUAAACAAACUCGGGUUGGUAAAACAAUGUUGGAACCUAGAUAACCAGAAAAAUUGGGCGGCUCAUUUCAUGGCAGACAAGUAUAUCAGGAAAAACAAAGGCCCCCUCUCCUUCAAAAAAGGUUCUUACUUAUGGAAAAACAUAGGGAAAGGGUGGGAUAUCUAUAAGGAGAGUUUAUGCUGGAACCCGGGGACGGGAGAGUCGAUUAAUUUUUGGCUAGACAAAUGGAUGGGGAACACCACAUUGCGAGAACAUUUUACCGGACCCCUGAGCGACAUUGAGGAGAAGAAAAGCCUAGCGGAGGUCCUAUCCCACAAUGUAGAGGAAAACCUUCCUUCGAACCUACCCCAAAACCUCAUAAACCUUGCAAAAUCAAUAAAACUAAACGAAGAGCAAGACUUACUCUACUCUUCCUGGUCUUCCGAAGGAAAGUUUAACAACAAAGAAGCCGCUAGCUACAUCCAAAGCCUAAAACCAAAUCACCCAAAAUCUCAAUUCGACUGGAGCAUCAUUUGGAAUGCUCCAGGGCACCCAAAAAUCAAACUAUUUCUGUGGCAAGCGUGGUGGGAGAGACUACCCACGAAUGAAAACCUCUUCUUUAGGAAGUGUGCAAACUCUCCAGAGUGCAACACCUGCUUUAAUUCUAAAGAAAAUAUCCUCCACAUUUUGAGAGAUUGCCCGAGAGCGGAUUCCAUAUGGAAUAAAAUCAACAAACCAAAUUGGCCUCUUAAUCAAAACUUGUACAUUUGGAUAGAGGAGAACCUUAAACUUUCCACAUUUCGCUUUGGAAAAAUUCCUUGGAAUGUCUUGUUCUCUUUCACCGUGUGGGAAAUCUGGAAAAGAAGAAACAAUUGGAUUUUUAAAAGGAAAAAUGAUAAUGAAGAUGUUUUCAUAAAAAGCUUAACGUGGUUUGCCCAAGAAUGGUACUUCUCACAACCGAACACUAACCUACAAAAAAAACUUUUGUCACCUCACAACACAAAAUGGAAACCCCCUGAGCCAAACAAAAAGAAAAUCAAUGUCGAUGCUUCCUUCUUGGUCACUAACCAUGUAACAGGUAUAGGAGGUCUUUGCAGAGAUAGUUCUGGUGGAUGGAUAAAAGGCUUUAAGGCCAAGUGUUUUUGUAAAAACAGCAAAGUGGCUGAAAUUCAAGCUAUACUUCUCGGCCUACAAUGGGCACGGGAAGAAGCUUGGACAAACUUCAUCAUCGCCUCAGAUUGUAGCAAAGCUGUGACGGAUAUAAACUCCAGGGAAGAAAGAAAAGAUGACCUAACCAGAAUGGUUAAAAUGUGCAGGAUACUCCUAGACCAGGACGGAGGGCAGCUGCUCCAUGAGAGAAGAGAAGCCAACUCCCCUGCUGACGAGUUGGCAAAGCGUGCAAGAGAAGACACUCGGUGUUCUUUCGAAUUUGAAUGUAUUUUGGACCCUCCCCCGGAUUGUUAUAAACUUAUUUUGCUAGACUACUACUCGGGUACAAACUUAAAUGACCCAAGUAGUUUUGUUGUAAACUCAACUUAA